UUAACACAAAAUUUCUCAUAACACGUGUACCACAAAAUUUGCUUGUUUAUUUUUGUCCGUCACAUAUAUCAAACAUACUUGCUUGUUUCCAUUCAAAACAGUAUAGACUUGACGUAUGGAAAACAAGCAUGUAUGAAUAGGGACCAAACCAUUCCCCAAACCACAAACUUGCAUCUUAACUCUGUUUCUGCUCUUUCGUCAACAUGGCUGAAUAUUUUGUCUUUGAUAUUGCUGAAUCACUGGUAAGGAAGCUUGCUUCUUUUGUUUGUGAAGAAGCUUCUCGUGUCUAUGAAGUGUACGAUGAUGUCAAAGGGAUCAAAGAUACUUUGUCAAUUGUGAAAGGUGUGCUUUUGGAUGCAGAGCAAAAGAAGGAGCAUAGGCAUGGGUUGCGUGAAUGGAUCAGACAGAUUCAGACUGUAUGCUUGGAUGCUCAAGAUGUGUUGGAUGGACUUGACUGCCAAAACGUCAGAAAGCAAUUUCUCAAAGCUUCAGGCAGCACAAGGAUGAAGGUAGGACACUUCUUUUCUCCAUCCAAUUCUCUUGUUUUCCGUUUUCAGAUGGCUCGGCAAAUAAAAAACAUUAGGCGUAGAUUGGAUAAGAUAGCAGCAGAUGGGAACAAGUUUGGUCUUGAGAGGAUUGAGGUUGACAGAAGACUUGUGCAAAGGAGAGAAAUGACUUAUUCCCAUGUUGAUGCUUCGGGGGUGAUUGGAAGGGAGAGUGAUAGGGAAGAAAUUAUCAAGCUUUUGAUGCAACCUCACCCUCAUGGUGAUGGUUAUGGAGAUCAAAGUGUUUGUGUUAUUCCCAUAGUGGGUAUUGGAGGGAUGGGGAAGACCACACUUGCAAAGUUGGUGUUCAAUGAUAACAGAAUGGAUUAUCUUUUCCAAUUGAAGAUGUGGGUGUGUAUCUCUGAUGACUUUGACAUAAGGCAGAUACUGAUUAAUAUCAUCAACUCUGCUUCUGUUUCAGCUUCGGCUACAACUACUGCUAUUGCUCACCAAGAAAACAUUAAAAACUUUGAUAUUGAGCAGCUACAAACUGUUCUUAAACUGAAGCUUUCUGGUCAGAAGUAUUUUCUAGUCUUGGACGAUAUUUGGAAUGAUAAUCGUGCAAAAUGGACAGAGUUGAAAGAUUUAAUUAAAGUGGGUGGAGUUGGAAGCAAAAUCUUGGUGACAACACGAAGUAACUCAAUUGCUUCAAUGAUGGGCACUGUUCCCUCGUAUGUUUUGGAAGGUCUUUCCAUGGAGAAUUGUUAUGCUCUGUUUAACAAAUGGGCAUUUAAGGAAGGCGAAGAAAAAAAAUAUUCAAAUCUAGUAGAGAUUGGAAAAGAAAUUGUUAAAAAAUGUAGAGGGGUUCCACUGGCAGUGCGAACAUUAGGAAGUUCUCUGUUCCUAAUUUUUGAUUUAGAGAGGUGGGAAUUUGUAAGAGACCAUGAAAUAUGGAACAUAAAACAAAACAAAGAUGACAUUUUACCCGCUCUUAAGUUGAGCUAUGACCAAAUGCCUUCUUGUUUAAGGCACAUUUUUGCGUUCUUUUCUCUUUACCCUAAAGAUUAUGGCUUUUGUAGUGCUGAGAUUCUUAUUCUUUGGGAGUCUCUUGGAUUACUUCAAUCUUUUGGAGGAAAUCGAAAGCUUGAGAAUGUUGCAAGGCAAUAUAUUGAUGAGUUACAUGCAAGAUCGUUUCUUGAGGAUUUUGAGGACUUUGGGUACUAUUACUAUUUCAAAGUACAUGAUUUGGUACACGAUCUUGCUCUGUUUGUUGCGAAAGAGGAGCUUCUAAUGGUAAACUCCUUUACUCGUUAUAUUCCUGAGCAAAUAAGGCAUUUAUCAGUUGUUGAAAAUGAUUCACUUAACCACGUUUUGUUCCCCAAAUCCAACAGAGUGAGAACUAUUUUAUUUCCCUUAAAAGGAACUGGCAUAGAAAGUAAAACUCUUCUGCAUACUUGGACAACAAGAUACAAACACUUACGGUUUUUAGAUUUAAGUGAUUCCUCUUUUGACACAUUGCCUAAUUCAAUUGCUAAAUUGAAGCAUCUACGAACUCUCUUUUUAGAUAAAUGCAAAAUAAAAAGACUUCCUCAUUCUCUAUGCAAACUCCAUAAUUUGCAAAUUUUGUCUCUCAGAGGAUGCAUGGAGCUUGAAACAUUGCCUGAAAGAUUAGGAAUGUUAAUCAGCCUUCGGAAAUUGUAUAUAACCACAAAACAAUCUAUUCUGCCUGAGAAUGAAUUUGCAAGCUUGAGAAAUCUUCAUACUCUGAGUUUUGAAUACUGUGGCAAUUUGAAGCUUUUGUUGAGAAGGGAACAACUCGCUUUCCUUGAAGUUUUGGUGAUUCAAUCAUGUGGGAGCCUACAGCUUUUACCUCUUCAUGUUCUUCCUAAACUGGAGGUUCUGAUUGUAUCAAGGUGUGAGAUGCUAAAUUUGAACUACGAAAGUUCAAUCCACAGAUUGAGGAUGAAAUUCCUGCAUCUUGAGCAUUGUCCGAAGAUGCACACGUUGCCUCAAUGGGUUGAAGGAUCAGUUGACACUUUGCGGACAUUAUUAAUCUUGAAUUGUCACAGUCUUGAGAUGUUUCCUGAGUGGCUCAAAACAAUGAGUAGUCUUAAGAGGCUCCAUAUUGUUAACUGUCAUAAACUGUUGUGUCUCCCUAGUGAAAUGCAUAGCCUCACUGCCCUUGAUGAUUUGACCAUAGAAGGUUGUCCUGAAUUGUGCAGAAAAUGUGAGCCACAAAAUGGUGAGUACUGGUCUUUCAUCAAUCACAUCAAACGCGUUUCCAUUGGAGAGACAAGAAAAGGGAAACUCCUUGUUCGAAUGCUGCAGCAGAUGCGGUUAAGAUUGCGCGAUCAGUAACACUGAAAUGUUGCAUAAAAAACAUGCUGUGGCUGAAUAUUCCAUUUGUUAACAACGGAAAAUUGUAUGGGACAAGAGAAUUAACAAACUGUUCAGCAUUUGUAAAGCCGUUGCUUGUAAGUAUUUGCA